ACAUCUACUAAAGCGCAAUGGUAGUCUAUGACUGUAGUGCUUACCAGUAGAAAGAGUGAUUGGUAUAAGAUGACAUUAAAGGUUUUAUAUUGUUUGUAGAUCGAGUAUGGAAAUGUAGACAAAUAACUCCCACGGUAAACCAUGCAAGAUGCAGAUCUAAGGGGCGGAUGCUUUAGUUGAUUGGUUGACUGAGAAUGUUGCUGUUACGACUGGUUUUAGUGUUCUGUUGGACAGGAUUGGGAGCUGCUGACGGUAACGUGGAGAUUUACUUUGACUUUUAUUUGGACAUUAAUCUACAACAAAGCAAUGGAGAUUGCUGUCGCCCUGCUGCUGGUGCUUGCUUGAAGAGCUGUGCCAACUAUUUUGAAGUGUGUUAUCGACCUGUCAAUACAACUGAACUCUUUCUAACCUGUCAGACAACUGGAGUGCUUCUCACUGCACCUGAUCCAGUAUUUACAUCGGCUCAUAGCCUAAGCUUUACAUUAAACCAAACGUUGGGAAAUGGCAUAAGGAACCCCAUUUCUUUGUUUUUUAAAGGUUCCUGGCCAGUAAGUGAGUUUUGACAUGUUCAGUUGAAUGUAGGAUGACCUUGCAAUGUAAUGACAUGUUGAUCAUGCUAGGGUGGAUUGAAUCUGGAAGUUAAUGUGUCGAACUAUUACACAAGUCCUCCUGCAUUUAUAGGGUCAUUUGUGUAUGAGGAUAGUAGCACCAGCUUUGGAGAUU